UACGUGCGUAUUUGGAUAUAUCAAAGCUUAUUUCAUACUGAUCGAUCUUAACGCAUUCAAUGCAUAUCAAAGCGUAAACGACACACGAAACAGUGUAAACUUCCUUUCGCUUAAUGUCUACUUUCAGUUGGAUAUUCGUACACGUCAUUGCAUAUUUACCUAUAACAGGUAUAACCUUGGUUAAGCGGUUUUCCAUAAAUAAUCGUGACCGAUGUGUCUAGGUAUAACCUUUUAUGGAGUACAUUGUAUCGAAAAUGGUUUAAUGGCUCAUCGACAUAUUUUUCCGCGGAAAAUAAGCUGAUUAGAACUGUAACUUUAAAACGUUUGAAAGAAGCUCGUAAUCUUAUAAGAGAUAUUAUAUGGAAGGCGCAGGUAUCACAGCUGGUAAUGUAGGAAAUGAAAGUUAUACAGGUGAUGUGUAUGCUGAUAGUAAUACGGAUAUAAUGGCAGAUACGAUUGGGCAAAACCCUUAUAUAAAUAAGUAUUUUACGCUUGUAACGCAAGGCGACUUCUUGCUUCGGGGUCUACAUAUUUCAUCGAUCACAGGCAUAGUCUUGGCGUUGGUGUUCGUGUUGACCUUGACCUUGAUUCUGGAGGUGCUAGACCACUGGCUUCACAUCCAGCAGGAACGACAAACGUAUAUGCCCCGCACAAGAAACCCAACAGACGCAGACAAUCGUAUUCAGUGGAUGAUCACGUGUCAUCGAAUAGCGACGCUGGUAAUUGGUCACGUGACUCCUACUGAGCCUGAGGAGUGGAAGGCCAUAGCCGAUCAGUUCGCAGCUAAAUGGCAAUUUACACACGCCAUUGGAGCUCUAUAUGGAAAGCAUGUAGCCAUACGAUGUCCCAAGAACGGUGGCUCAUUAUACUAUAACUAUAAAUGUUACCAUUCUGUUGUGCUGAUGGCCCUGGUGGACGCCGAUUACCAAUUCAUAUGGGUAAAUAUUGGAUCGCAAGGGAGAUGUUCCGACGCACAAAUAUGGAAUCAAAGCGUCCUCAAGUUGGCAAUCUAA